CGCACACACACACAAACGGAAAUAACUACGGGACUCGCGAAACAAGCUCGUUCAGGCUGAUUUCUGCUUAAAAUGUAAUUUAAAAAACAAACAUACAAACGAAAUAUGUCUAUAAACAGAACCGCUUUAAGCUUUUUAGUUUUCUACCGCUAUUUUUCAACAAACUACCGUUUAAAACUUCGUAGCUCUCCCCAUUUUCUUUUCCUGUUGAAAGUCCACAGCCGGCGCGCAAAGCAUGCCGGGAUAGCCUUGUUCUGUGAGGAUACAACAGACCCGUCCUCGAAAUGUGGGCGGAGCGAGGACGCAUUUGAGGACGCAAGAAUGAGUAUUCUUGGAACUUGUCACUGCGCUGUGAUGUCAUCGACCUCAAAAUGCGUCCUCACAGGCAUCCUGCUCACGGAUUCGGACACACCCUAUGACCAGAGAAAUGCUGCUGUUGUGUCCUUGGGCAAGACCCUUAACCUGCCUUGUUGGUGGUCUGAGGGACCAUUGGGCGCCGGUGUGUGGCAGGCCUCACCUCUGUCAGUGCACCCCAGGGCAGCUGUGGCUAUAGCUCAUCACCAUCAGCGUGUGAAUGGGUGAAUGACUGUGUUGUGAAGCGCCUUGGUGGGUUGUAGAAGAAGCGUAAUGGGCUCGACACACGGGAGGCGACAAACGAACGCAAUCAGCGAAAUUUGUCGCCGUCGCUUUUAUUACCUGACACACGGGAGGCGACCCGCGGCAGCGGCCAGCGGCAAAGCUGUCUACGCGUUCUGUUCCAUGGCGAAAUUGAAACUUCCGUUGUUUUGUUUGGCUGUGUCAGGUUGGAGGGAAUUAAGGUUAUUUAAGCGGUUCAGAGUUAAAAAAGCGGUAGAUAUGAUGUUUAACAAGGUGCUGCUAGAGUUAUGUGGAAUCUUACUUCUGAUUUUAUUAUAUAAAACAUAAUAAUAAUCAACUUCUCCUCCAUGUUUGCUCGGAAAUGUGCGGAGCAUUAUGUCCGCUCAUUGGUCAGUGAAUGAAACCUCCGUUGAUUGGUCCUCGUCCGAGCGACAGCGAUGAAAAGUUGAAAUAUUUUCAACUUUCUGGGAUCGCGUCGCUGGGUCGCCUGUGCACGACACGUGCACGAGCGCAAAAUUUCACACGCAGGUUUUUAGCGUUUCGCUUGGUAGGAGGGAGACCCGCGAUUAUCGCUUUGUUGCGCAUGUCUCAUCGAAAAUGAAUGGAGGAGAGGCGAUGUCGCCUCCCGUGUGUCGAGCCCAUUAUACAAAUACAGGCCAUUUAAAAUUGUGUUUAAUUGGAAAAAAAAUAUUCACUUAUAGAAAAGCUGUCAUUAAAUCUUGAGACAUUUAAUCUUAACAGACCUCACAUCUUAUGACAGUCGGGUCUGACACUGACACGUGAUUGUAAAUUUAUAGUUCUGUCACUGGGACGCGUUUGGUCUGUCGGCAACAUUUCUGAGGUACCCUGAAUGCAGCACUGACGCUGCUGUUGCUGCAAGAAGCGAAAGAGAAACAAAUGUUUGACUAAUCUGCUCUGACCGGUGAAAGUGCUCCGUUACUGUAAAUAAAAAGCUGCAUGUGUGAAGGAUGUCUGUAGAGACUGAUGCUCACGACUGAAGUGAAUGAACUGGUGACCUGACGGGACGAAACAUGAUGAGUAAGCCUACUGGAACAACUGCUAAGUACCAUGGGCUGAUCAACCUUGGGUCAACAUGUUACCUGAACAGCGUCCUGCAGGUUCUGUUCAUGACCAAAGAGUUCAGAGAUGCUGUGAUCAGAACAAAAGGGGAGAAUCCUGGUGCAGAUUUUAUCGAUCGCCAUCUUAAACAUCUGUUCACUGAGUUACAGAAACGGAAAACUAAGACACGCAGAAUAUUAAAGGCUCUGAGCAUUAAUAACGUCAAUGAACUCCAGGAUGCUGCAGAGUACUUUGAGAAGAUUUUAAGUAAAACCAGUCCUGAUGCAGCAAAGGAUUGUGUUUGUUUAUCUCUGCAGAUCUUCCAUGGUCAGAUGACACACAGAACCACUUGUUCUGAAUGUGGCACACAGAACGACACAGAUGGACCUUUCUGGCAUCUUCCUCUUGAGCUGGUAGAUUCCUCCAGUGGGAACUACAGCGUGGAUGGCGGCAUCGAUUCGUUUUUGAGAGCCUCAGAGUUUAGUGGAGAUAACCAGAUGUACUGUGACACCUGUGAGGCAAAAGUCAACGCUACUAGUAGCUAUGUUAUAAAGGACCAUCCAGAUGUUCUGAUUCUGCUGCUGAAGAGGUUCGACUAUGACCAACAUCACAAGUCCUUUAUCAAAAUCAACUGUUGUGUUGAAAUUCCUCACACCUUAAAGAUUCUAGAAAACCAGACAUAUGAAUUCUAUGCGGCUGUUGAUCAUGUUGGUGAUCUGAGAGGUGGACAUUAUGCUGCAACAAUCAAGCUUCAGGAUGAUGACAGAUGGUACAACUUUAAUGACGCCAAAGUCACUCCGGUUGAAUGCAAUCCGUUUCCACACGACGCUUCCAUUUUAAGAUCUGAUAACGCCUAUCUUCUGUAUUACAGAAAAACAGAAACGAAUCCUGGAGAACCAAAGGAGGUGUGCACAUCCGAAGAGCAGUCUGCUACCAGUGGGAUGCAUGCACAGAAGAAUGAAAACACAACAAGUGUCUGGAAUAUGGCUGAUAAAGUCCACCAAAACACAGGUGUUCAUCAGAGCAGCAAAGGGUCUGAUGUUCCUGCUCCAUGUGGCAGACAACAGAGCCGCAUUAAACAAACUGAUGAGAAACAAAAAGGGGAAGAAAGUGCUGAGAGGCGGGCACAGCAUCGUGACAGUAAAGAACUCUGUAGGGAUUGUAAACAAAGUGGAGGAGGCAAUGGAGCUGAAGAAGACAGGAUGCAUACAGGUGGAAAGGCAAAGAGAAGAAGAGGGUGUGAGUCUGAUAAAGAUGGCGGUCAGGAGGACGGUGUAGCAACAAAUGAGAUUAAAGAAAUAAAUGAUCAGAAGUUUACAGAAAGGAGCGGAAGCAGGAGUGAAAACAGAAAAAAGUAUAGAAGCAACCCUAAGAGUGAUGAGAAUCGUCAUGUUGAUCAGAGAAAAUUAGAUGAUGAACAGGAAAAAGGAAGAAAACUAGUCGUGACAAGAUCUCAUUCUGAUGUUAUGCAUCAGGAGAGAAGACGCUCUCAACAAAAACCCAGUGGUACAUCUAAAACACUAAUACAUGCUUCAAAUAGAAGCAACGAAACACAGGAAACUGGCAAACAUGUCGCUGAUUUUCAAAGAGAAACCACAGAGAGACGGACAGAAAACUGUCAAACUAGAAUCAGCAGCAGAAACCUCCAAUCAAAACACUCACGACUGGUUCUAGCUGAAGAACCCAGAGAGGUUCCUAGUGAAGAUAAAUGCAUCAGCAAGACAACAGAUGCUACAAAACCCAGUUCACCGCGUACUGCUGGUGUAGACCCAAGGGAGCAGUCUUUAUCUACACAAGAAGACACGGGAAAAGGCUCCAGAAAAACACGAAUGAAGAGAAAGACUGAUCAUGCUGGUAGAUUUAAAGGUUUAGAGCUACAAGCUUCUCAAGGAAACAAUGUAAAAAAGUCUAACUGUUUUACUUGGUGUGUAUUUGGGCGAAAGGGUCAGGACUCUGAUUAAAAGAUCAAUUAAAUUUC